UAUGUGAAAAGUUUGCUAUUGUUGUGUAGUUGUGUAUCUAUUUGUUAUUAUUCUGCUUUUGGUUGUAUUGAAAUAAAUUACGAGUAAAAAAUGUUGUACAUUUAUUAAUCCUAUUAGAGAAUACUUUUUAUGUCGCUUUGGUAAAAAAAGUAAAGCACUAAAAUAUAAAAUGGAUGAUUUGAACAAUAUAGUCUCAUCGGACGACAGUUGCGACUCUGAAAUGAAGAUAUUGAAAAAUCAAUUGACCGAAUUUGGCCUCGAUGAAGACAAUUUAACCAAAGAAGAAAUGAAUGAUCUCCUUAGAGCUUUAAGGGAUUCAGAGGCAUCUGCUAAGGAAGACGAAUUAUUACGAAAGGUUGACACAGAACCUAACAGUACAUCACCGAAAAAAACAAUGAAAAGGAGGUAUUUAAAUGUUCGCGACAGGCGAAUGCCUUGGAGUAUCUUGCCCAGUACCAUAACACAGGCAGAGAAAGCUCGCACCCUUGCUGUUUACAUUAAGCUAAUGUCUAUAAACAGUUAUCGCCAGGCACGACAGUGUGCCACCUUUGCUACGUGGCCCCCACCCAUACAAAUUAUUGAGGAGACAACUAGAAUUCAGCCCAUUAGAUCGACACGAAGUGGUCGAUCUGUUCCUAUUUACUCAGGGUUUGAUGAUGAUUCUUCUGAUUUGGACUUUGUUAUCACAAAAACAAAGAAAAGGAAGGUAUCAAACAGUGACUCCAAUGUCAGUGAGAGUGUAGUAGGUCCAAAAACUUUAAGUUUGAAAAGGAAAACAUCCAAGGAUGAGAAUGUGAGACCCAUUAAAGAAGCAAAAACUGAUGCAGAUUGUAAUAGCAUGGAAUUUAUUCUUGAAUAAUAAUUUGAAACUGGUCAAAGACUGAGAAAUAAUGGUUUUAGUCACCUUAUUUUAUACCAAAUAAAAAAAAAAUCCUCUAUUAUUAUUGAGUUGGUGUGUAGAUUGGUGCCUAAAUAAUAUAUUAAUUAUAUAUAUUGUAUAAAGUAGAUUGCGAGCUAAAGUAUGAUUUUGUUUUUGUAUCCAGAUUGGUUGAAUAAUAUUCAUUCAUAUGUGGACAAAGUAUUAUUUUAUGUUAAAAAAAAACAAAAUAAAGUAAUAAAAGUACAUAAGAAACAAAAUUGUAAUCAUUUAAGGGUAUAUAUUAUGUUAAAAUUUUAGAAAUAUUUUUUACAUUUGAUAGCUGUUGCAUAAUUUAGAAGUUUGAACUUUUAUUGCUCUUGUUGUUUACUAGUUACUCCAGCAAUAAAUGUCACUAAUAUGUGAUCACUUACAUGCACUCAUAUCUGUUAUAAAUAUGUACAACUAGAGAAUUAAGAACACAGUCAAUAAAUAAAUUAUUUUACUUAUUGUAUUUCAAGAAUAAUUAAUAAUAUCUUAUAGAAGAUAAAUAUAUUUAUUUUGUUUAAAAAAAUGUUUUAUGGUCACAUUUUAUUUGAUAAAU